GGUGAGAGAGUAGAGAAUAUCAUUUGGUGGCUAGCUAGGAGAAAAAAUGGGUGUCUCUAAUUCUGUUGGGCUGGUGCUUGUUCUUCUAGUUGCAGCUGCCAUGUUCACCGUGCAGCUAGGUCUGGUCACAGCAGCAGCAGCAGCAGCAGUUGCAGAUGAUAAGAAUAUUAUUAUAAUUAAUAGGGAACUGAGAGAAAGGCGGCCACCUCCAUUUCGUCCAAAAUCACCACUUGCAAACCAACAACCAGGCAUGAGACUUCCUGCUCCCGAUCCUCCUCCUCCUCCUCCUCCCCCGCCCUCGCUUCCAAACAACUUCAACAAUAACCGUGCCUGAUGAUGACAAUAACUCAUCAUCUAACAUGUUGCUGCUACUUCCUCCAAAACAACAAACAUGUUGCUGCUAUGCUAUAUGCUAUUCUUUUAUUUUAUAUCUAGCAAAUGGUGUUUCCUUGUUUUCUUCCUUCUGUAAUUUGGCCCAUAAAUGGAUAAGAUUAUUGCUGAGGAUUUUUUUUC